GGAAAACAAAUUCAGACGAUGGCUUCGACUCCGCAAAUUAUCCUUUGUAACUUCUCCAUACACGAUGGUUUCACCAAGGAACCCAGAAGUAGAUUACACGCGAAAGUACGGAGCUUGGUUCCUUCUCUGCUCCAAAACAAUCUGGGAUUGAGAGCUUGCUUGAUUGAGCAUAGACAGAGCCGGAGAGAGCGACGGCCUUUGAUGGGUCUGACAGAAAUUGGAAUUCUUGCGAGUCAGAAAGCUCUUAAUCGAAAAAGAAGAGUGGUUAAGGUUAGCUGUAACAAGGGUUUAGGGUUUAACGGCAGAGAUAACAACGGAAACGGGAGAAUCCUCGGAAACCUUGCUUUGGCUAUUGGCCUGACUUAUCUCUCUAUGACCGGUCAGCUUGGUUGGGUUCUGGACGCUAUUGUGUCCGUCUGGCUGAUUGUGGUGAUUGUUCCGAUUUUGGGGUUGGGAGCUUUUCUAUGGUGGGCACAACGAGAUAUUGUACAGAGCAGUUGUCCGAAUUGCGGAAACGAAUUUCAGAUAUUCAAGUCAUCGUUGGACGAUGAAGUACAGCUUUGCCCUUUCUGCACUCAGCCAUUCUCGGUGGUGGAUGAUAAGUUCGUUAUGGAACCAGUGAAAUUCUCAAACCAAACUACUGAUUUCGGACAAGGCCUAAAUGGGUUCUCUUCUGCACCUAAGAAAGGAAAGGGUUUCUCAACAGCAGUCGUAGACAUAGAAGCUGAAGUAACGGAUGCAGACUGAAAAUACCACUUCGACCUAGCAAAGGUGAUUUUGUAGAGACAACAAACUUGUGCAAAGAGAUCGUUGUUGGAUAUAGAAGUAAUAUAGAAAUACACAUCGAUAUGUAAAUACAGUAUAAAUCACAUUUUGUUAUUUGAAUGCUUGUUUGAUGUUCAAAAUAGUAGUCCCCCAUGUAUGCAUGUUUUAUGUUCUUUCCAUUUAAUCCCCCAGGCUUGA